AUGGGGCAAACAUCGUCUGGAGCCGAUCCAGGGACCACGAGGGACACGACUUCUCACUGUUCCUUCUGCGAAAAUCCAUCAUGUUACGAGGAGAUCCCUCCAACCUCACCCGGAGCACCGGAAGAAGCUCUUCCGCCAGAUCGCAAUCGCAGUUUGAACGAGUUGGCUCGGAAAUUUGACAGUAUUUUAGAUAAAGCCAAAACCCUGGGGCUUCAAGAGCUAGUCAAACCGAUUGAGGAAACCGCGAUAACGUUGAAGAAUCUGGCGGAGCCGGGUCAGUCUCUAGCGCUCAGUGAACCAGGACUCUCCUGCGACUGCAAUCAGUGGGGCCCAGAUGUCGUUAGUCCCCAAGGCAAAUGGAUUUGCAAUCCAUGCGGUGAUAAAUGUCAAUGCGAUAAGACCUGGUACAUUCCAUCUGUCAGUAAAAAAAUAUCGCACAUGUGUGACCCUGAGCCUUUGAAAGAGAAAGGAUUUCAUGAAGAGACGGACACAUCAAUCGCCAGGAUCAGAGGUCAGAGUGAGGAGACUGCGGCAAAUGACGAGUCCUUUGAGAUUCAGAUUAAAGUGUCCGCUGAUCACCUCCUGUCUGCGCCACCCAAAUAUCCAUUGGAACCUAGUCCUAGGCGAGAGGGAGUGGAGGAGGGAGAAAGUGGAGCUACUUGUCCGUGUGGGUGCGGGUAUUUCCAGCAAGGGGAGUUCAAAGUCUGUCCUUGUGGAUGUGGAACCAUUAUUGAAAUUGUCGAUGAUGCUGGGGAAUACUUGGGAGUCAGAGAUGGAGGGCCCUGCUGUGUCUGCGGUAAUGAACUCAAUGACGAGCCGAUCCAUAACCCGGAGCAAUCAUCCAAGGUUUCCUUCGUGCCGAGUGAUACUGGACUGAUGUCAGCACUCGAAAUGCUGCAAGCCAAGUGUCGCAUAAAGGACGGAAUGAUUGCUGUUCUGGCUGAGGAGCUCAGGAAUUCCGGUCAUGUCAAUCACAUCGUCGAGAAUUUAGGUGCGCCUUGUUUGCCACGCAUUGCUAUUGACUUCGAUCGGUCUAUGCUGUGCGAUUAUCUCAGGAGCACAUCGCUUCCGGAUUUGUCUCAGAGGCGAACUUAUGUCGAGGAUGAUGCAGUACCGAAGCCAACGAAUUUCCGAGUUGUCAGAUCGAUACUCAACUCAUUAUUCGUUGCCUGGGAUCCGCCUGAAUCACUGUGCAAACUUCGAGGAUUUGAAAUUACAGUCAAUGGGAUCGUAACGUCCCGAGUUGGAUCGCCAACGAGAACCCAGGCAAUUCUAACUUCCGUUGACAUGACAAAACCAACGGUUCUCACCUUAUACGCAGUUGCCACGAAUGGACACAUAUCAGACUCGUCGACAAUAACUUUCCCAGCUAGCAAAUACCCAUGA